AUGGCUGCUUCUUCAUCAAUUCAAAAUCUGAAUAAACCUAAAGAUGCUUUUGAGCAGCUAGAAGACGAAGAAGGUACCCGCCAAGGUUUCUGUCAUAUUCGUAUUCAGCAGCGAACUGGACGUAAAACGAUCACAACUGUUCAAGGAAUUGCACCUGAAUAUGAUUUAAAGAAGAUUGUUCGCUAUUUAAAGAAGAAUAUGACACUUGUGUCAUGUAGCAAUCUGGACAUCUAUUUAAGCUAUUGCGGGUUUUCUAUAGUACCAGUAAAUUUGGAUGAUUUGACUGAGAAUCAUAUACCGAAACGAAAUAUCAUGCCAGCAAAAUCCAUUCUCCUAUACGCUUUGAUUGCGUUUCGCAUUAUAAAUGUCUUUUUGGUUCGGACAUAUUUUGUACCGGAUGAACUUUUUCAAAGUGUGGAAAUAGCUCAUUGGGCUGUGUAUGGUACCGGAUAUUUAUCCUGGGAAUGGAUGGCUUCACUUCGUUCCGUUUUGCAUCCAUUUAUGAUUUCUCUAUUAUAUUUCUUGGGUCAUAAAUUUGUCAUUGAUUCAAAUUUAUUUAUUAUUCAAAGUCCUCGUGUAUUACAUGCGUUAUUAUUCGCACUUUCAGAUUAUUGUUACUAUAAACUUGCCAAACGAAUUCUAUCAUCUAAUGGAGCAAAAUAUGCUCUUCUAAGUUAUUCAUCAUGUUGGUUUGUAUGGUAUUGUGCUCCACGUACUCUUUCAAAUACAUUAGAAACGAUAUUAACAAUAUUCGCCCUUCAGUGGUAUCCAUUAUCUGAAGAUGAUCUAAAGAAAUCUUAUUGGCCUUAUAUUUCUGUUGGUUUCCUAACCAUUUUAAUCAGACCCACUGCUAUCCUAAUUUGGAUUCCUUUUGGCCUAUGGCAUUUCUGGCGAACGAAUUCGUCAAUGGAAUUAUUUUAUACUUGCUUAUCAUCAUGCCUUCCAGUUCUAUUUCUUGCCACUAUUUUGGAUUCUGUUGCUUAUGGAAAGUUGACAUUUACAAUAUGGAAUUUCAUUCGUUUCAAUGUUUUAGAAGGUGGAAGUAGUCAUUUUGGGUCACAUCCUUGGCACUGGUUUCUAUCGCAAGGCUUACCUGCUGUGCUAGCAGUACACCUGGUUCCUAUAUUAUGGGGUAUGGUUGUUGCUAUACGAAACCAUUCCAUCCCGUUUGUUUUCUUCUGUGUUCCUGCACUAUAUAUCACAAUUCAUAGUUUCAUUGCUCAUAAGGAACAUCGGUUUUUGUUACCUAUAAUACCGCUAUUAUGUCUUUUCGCUGGUUUUUUUUUCCAAACCAGGGUAUCGUAUAGGAUGAAAAAAUAUUAUAUUUUCUGGAUUCCAUUAUUGCUUGUCGUUAAUAUAUCUUUGGCACUAUACUUCGGUUUAUUUCAUCAAGUUGGUCCUUUUUCUGCAACAUAUUGGAUUAUUGAGGAUGCGAAAUUACGUUUUCCAAAGGAACAACAUUUUGAAUUGGUUCAUUUAAUGCCUUGUUUCUCCUUACCACAAUAUAGUUAUUUUCAUGGUUUAAAUGUAACAGUGACAGCACUUGAUUGUUCACCUGAUUUUACCCGUCGUAUGGGUCAUGUGGAUCAGGCUGAUCGUUUUCAUAAUGAUCCGAAGUUAUGGGUUGAUACGAAUCUUGAUUUAGUGAAAAAAGCUCAUUAUCUCAUAUUCUAUGACAAAAUCUAUCGGAAGGAAUAUAACUGUAAUGGAACUACAGUUGAUCAUCCGGAAUAUGGUGAAGUAAUCCAGCUUACCGGUGAUCAAAGGCAACAUAUUAAGGAUUUUCUUUGCAGAGUUGGAAUUGUCAAGGAGGAAAAUUGCAAAAUUCAUGGUUUUUAA